AGAAGGUACGUUGCAAGACGAUGCAUGUUUAAAGUCAGAGAUCUAAAAUAUUACUGUAAUCUUCAACUAAAGUGUUCCUUGAAGUGUUAUACCACUGUGCUUGAUUUGUUUUGGCAGUAAUGACUUGAGAAUAAUUCAUGAAGUUGCUAGCUAUCUCGUUCAUGUUAAGUUAAUGGCUGCAUCCUUCCCUGGAUCACCACUCUCUAGCACCCUUUGAUAUGCGGAGCGAGUUUUCACGGUGUUGGUGCUAUGCACACUCGUCUGAAUUAAAGUACACCCGUAUGGAAACACUCCCAAGCCUGUUUAUUCAAAGUUGAAGGGCUGCUACAGUGAAAACUCGACGCUCGCUGUGGAGUGAAACUCAACUCGACGUUAGAAGGACUGCCAUCCGCCAUUCUGUGUUCAAGACUGCCACCUGCUGUUCAAACGCCCUCAAUUCAACCGGCACCCAGGCAAGAUCGGUCUAUUUCGUUUAUGCUAAUUGCUGCAUAAAAUCAACAGGGACCUUUUGAUUGCUAAAGGUGAUAUUUAUGUAAUGGACUGAAGUCACCUUUAUAAACAAUAUACUGUACAUGUCUGAUGCUCUGAUUUAAUCAUACAUUUGAAAGGUUAAAAAAAAAAAAAAAAAAAAAAAAAACCGGAACUAAUUGAAACCCGUUAAAGGUAAAUUCAAUCAUUGGUAAAUCUGUGUGAUAACAUUCGUUACAAAGCUGUUUGUGUGUUAGCCUACAUUUAAUUUUGUUGAUGAUAAUUGCCCAUUGCAUGUUUGAUAUUAAGUAUUUGCUGAGUUAUUAAGCUAUAUGUCAGCAAUUAUAAAACUAUAGUUCUGUAGUUCAUAUAACCAACACAAUACAGCAACACAACUUCAAAAAUGUCACUUAAUGGAGAAGUAGCUAACACACAUGACUCACCCAUGAAACAGAUAAUCCACAGCCAGUCAGGUCUAGUUCACGUGAAAGAACAUUUACAGAAAAGGGAUUAGAGAUGCACAAACAGGAAGCCAUUAAACACAAGAAAGAAUUCAUGAGAGCCUAUGGCUCCUGGAAAGAGGUGGCAGGAAAGGUUAGGACCACACUAAAAUCAUUCUGUUCUCAAGAUGAACUAAAUAAAAUCAGAGAAGAAAUAAAAAUUCGACACAAUGCAGUAAGUGAAUGUUAUGAGCCCAUUCAACGCAAUCACAAUGCCACCCCAGACAUUGUACCGAAAAUGGAUGCUUGUAUAGCACUCACUGCAGAGAUAAGCGAAAUAAUAGAGAUGCGGCUAGAAACUGUAGAUGAUGUCUUCAAUCCAGAACUUGAGAAACUACGAGUGAGGAUGGCUCUUAAGAAGGAUGAUUAUGGAUCCAUCUUCGGACACACCAAGACAGAUACCGUACUCUCCCACACAGAAAAUUCAAUCCAGUCACAGUGCUCAAGCAAACAUGUAGAUGCGGGAGCAGAACUUGCAGCUCAGCAAGAAAAGGUUAAAGCAGUAUAUCAAAUACAAGCUCAAGAAGACGUUCUUAGCAAAUUAGAAGAAGAGAAGCAGCUAGUUCUUAAAAGGUUAGAAGAUGAAAAGCAAGUAGCUCUUAAAAGGAUAGAGGCAAACAUGCGUCAGGAGAGAAAAAGACUACAGCAAAUUCAAGCAGAGUCAGGAGUUAGAAUAGCAGAGGCGAGAGUAAAUGUAUACGAGAGCUUUGAACAUGACUCCACAGAUUUGCCAAAAGAGACUGAUCUCACAGUUGAAUUCAAAAGCCAGCUAAAUCCAAUGGCCAAUGCAUACCAGCCUCCACAAGCACACGCAAAUGCACUAGCAUCUCCUGAGAAAGAUGUCCUUACCCAAGCACUCAUUAACUCACUUAGUUUGAAUCGCCUGCCUGCUCCUGAGCCACCAAAAUUCUCUGGUGAAGCCCUAAAGUAUGUAGACUGGAAGAUGUCCUUCAUGGCCCUCAUAGACCACCAGCCUCUCCCAGCUCAUGAAAAAAUGUUCUAUUUAAAGAACUAUCUGAGUGGAGAAGCGCGUAAAGCUGUAGAGGGAUUCUUCUACAGAAACUCAGAAGCAGCAUAUCAGGGGGCCUUAAAGGUCCUGGAAGAAAGGUACGGAAACCACUUCAUUGUGCAAAAGGCCUAUAGAGACAAGCUCAUGAAGUGGCCCAAGGUUAGUACCAAUGAUCCUGUUGCACUUCGAGAGUUUGCUGACUUCCUGCAAGGAUGCGUUGAAGCAAUGCCUCAUGUAAAAGGAUUGGCCAUCUUGGAUGACUGUGAAGAGAACCACAAGUUGCUGAAGAAGUUACCAGACUGGAUCACACGAAGAUGGAGCAGAGUCGUCACGGAAAGGUUCCGAAUCCGGGGAUUACCCAAGCUUUUCCUGUUUCACAAGGUUCAUCCAGAAGGAGGCUCGGAUAGCCUGUAACCCUGUCGCCUCUCCACUUCUAAUCAAGGCCACAGAUGACAGGCAGCCCAAGAGAGCUAGAGCACUUCACACAAACAUUAAAAGGAACAAUCCCACGGAAAAGGUUGAGAAAGUGUUCAUCACCAAGUCAAAGCCACCUUGUCCUAUCUGCAAAGAUGAGAUGCACGGGGUCAUAAAGUGCCCUAUCUUUGCAGCAAAAUCUCUGGAAGAUAAGAAGGCUUUCAUACGGGAAAACAAAUUGUGCUACGGAUGUUUGAGAAAGGGACAUAACAGUAAGGAUUGCAGAACGCGACACUCUUGUGGCAUAUGCAACAGACGUCACCCCACCUGUCUACAUGAAGAAAGAGAGAACCAAUCUGUUGAAACAAAGGAGAAACAGUCCACUUUCACAGACAAAGGUACUAGUCAGGAGGAGAUCAAAGUGACGUCCCAUGCAGUGACGCAGCGUGUCUUUGCCACAUCAAGCAUCGUCCCUGUUUUCAUGUCAUCUGCAAACGAACCACAGAAAGAAAUUAUAACUUAUGCUCUUCUGGACACGCAGAGUGAUUCGACAUUCGUUUUAGAAGACCUACUCGAAGAGCUGAAUGUGGAGACCAAACCAGUGCAGCUCAAACUGAGCACCAUGACAGCUGUUGACACACCCAUAGCAAGCAAAAGUGUAUACGGUCUACAAGUUCGAGGACUACAGUCUGAAAAACAGAUUCAGCUACGCCAAGCCUACACACGUGGCUUCAUCCCGGUCGACAAGUCCUACAUCCCGACUUCCAAAACGGCGCUGCUCUGGCCUCAUCUAAAGCAUCUAGCAAACAAACUCCCGCUGCUGAAGGACUGUGAGGUGGGACUGUUAAUUGGAAGUGAUUGCCCAUUGGCGUUAGCCCCCCAGGAAGUCAUCACAGGAGGCGAAAAUGAUCCAUUCGCCCAGAGAACGGAACUCGGCUGGAGCAUUGUAGGCUCAUCCAAUCCACAUCUGGAUCGCCAGGGAAACCAGAGGUUCGUCCAUCGAGUGACCGUGAAAGAAAUACCAGUGCCAUCACCCAAUGACGUGCUAAAGGUCUUGGAAUCAGACUUCAAAUGAAAGGAAGUAUGCAGACAAAGACAAGUAUGUGUCACAAGAUGAUGUUCGCUUCAUUCAGCUUCUGAGUGACAACAUAACUCAAAGGAAAGAUGGACACUAUGAAAUGCCCCUCCCUUUCAAGAGCAUAGAGCCUCCUUUGCUACCAGACAACAAGAAGCUGGCAACAAUUCGAUUGCAGCACCUUAAGAAAAGGUUGAAACAUAACGAGCGAUAUAAAGAACAGUACAAGGCCUUCAUGAAAGAUAUGAUAAAGGAAGGCAACGCAGAGCCAGCCUCUCCUGCAACAGGACAGCAGACUACGUGGUACAUACCACACCAUGGGGUGUUCCACCCCAAGAAGCCAGAGAAGCUAAGGGUUGUCUUUGACUGUUCAGCAAAGUUCCGCGGUGUCUCAC